AUGCCUAACGCUAUCGUCACUGGUGCUACAGGCAUCCUUGGCCGAGGCAUUGUAGCAGCCCUCGGCAAUAAUGCAAAGCAAUGGCAGACUGUAUAUGCAUUGUCUCGAAGCCAAAAGGAGAAUUUCCCACCCAACGUAAAAACUCAUCUUCUCGAUCUUACCAAAGAUGCCCAUGGAAUGGCCAAGCAGCUUGAAGGUGUCCAAGCGGAAUACGUCUUCUUCGCCGCGUACCUGCAGAAAGACACCGAUCAGGAGAAUUGGGAUGUAAAUGGAGCCAUGCUGAAGAAUUUCCUCGAGGCAUUAGAAAUUACAGGUGCCGCUAAGCAACUCAAACGCGUCAUCAUAACUGCAGGUGCAAAGCAGUACGGGCUGCAUCUCGGCCCACCAAAGCAGCCAAUGGAGGAGUCAGAUCCAUGGGUGGAAGGCGAGGGACGUCCACCAAAUUUCUAUUACUAUCAGCAACGCAUUUUAGCCGACAAAGCCAAGAAUGCUCAUUGGGAUUGGGUGGUCACGUAUCCGAACGACGUAAUUGGCGUUGCAAAGGGUAAUUUCAUGAAUAUUGCCACAUCCAUCGGCCUUUAUGCUGCAAUUUCUAAAGAGCUGGAUGGCAACCUCGUCUUUCCUGGCUCACCAACAUUUUAUACUAUGUUCGAUAGCUUUACCUACAGCCCUCUACACGCUGACUUCAACAUCUGGUCAGCUUUAGAACCAAAUUGUGGCAAUCAAGCAUUCAAUAUCGUGAAUGGCGACACCGAAUCUUGGCAAAACCUGUGGCCUAAGAUAGCAAGACGCUUUGGAGGUCAUAUUCCUCGCAAUCAGUUCAAUAUAGGUCUCGGCGAAGAUCCUAGCUCAAGCGUGGAGCUAGCUGAGAGACCACCAAUUGCGGACGUUGCAGCGCAAAUUGGGUUGGAGAAUAACGUGCAAAGGGGAAGGGUGGAACAGAAGUGUGACCUAAUCAAAUGGAGCCAAAGAGAGGAUGUGCAGAAGGCGUGGGAAAGGCUGCAGGAGAGGGACGGGCUUGAUAAGGAUGCCUUCGCGAAAGCGACCUGGGGUUUCUUAGGAUUUGUGCUUGGGAGGACUUUCAGCGCCGUGAUCAGCAUGAGCAAGGCGAGAAGAUAUGGAUGGACUGGAUAUGUUGAUACCUGGGAGGCACUCUCUCAAUGCUUUGAUGAGCUCGAGCGUGAGAAGAUCUUGCCGAAAGCCAAGUAUUCAGAAGCGUGA